AUGGACUUCGAGGCUCCACCACCACUUGCUGGAGCGUUGGAGGAGCCUCCGGAUCUAGAAUGUGAUUCUCGGUUGACUGUAGACGACGAGGAUGACAGUUUACGGGAACUCGAAAUUCCCACCGAUCUACCCUGUACCUCCAGUACUGCGUGCACGCCUAUCCCAAGCCCUUGUCCAGUUAAACAGAAAUCCCCAGAUUCAAAAUCAGAUUCUCAUUCCGAGGCACCAGCUAAUCAAGGCGCGGUUCAUUGUACGAAUGGACUCGUGGAUGACGAAGAGGAUGUGUCAACAGCUUCAGAUUUUUGUCCUGAUCCCGUUGACAAGGAGGAAAAUCGGUCAAAAGGUGAUACUAUUGAUGACGAAGACGAUUUCGGUGACUUUGCCGGCAUAGAUGCUGACAUUUCUCUUGCAGAAGAAGCAGGGUCGUCUAACGAUCUGCCUUCAAAAGAGAGCAGUCCUGAAGUUUCCAGUGAACCGAAUCGAUGCAGUCCAGUUCGGCAGCCUGUACAUCAAUCGCCUUCCCGUGCUAACUCCCAAGACGUAGAACCAGAGGAGUGGAAUGCAUUCAACAAUGCUAAAGACUGUGAAAAUGAAGGUUGGUCGGCAGAUUUUGAGGCAUUUGGAGACGCUUCGCGUGGACAGGAAGUUGCGGAUCAAGCGCCCGUUCCUGAAGAUGGCAUUUUCCCCGGCUAUGUACCUUCUCCAAUUCUGGAUGAAUUAUGUGAUUCUAUGGAUUUGUGGAAUGUCGACAGUGAAAUAGGACUUGAUGAGGCUUAUGAUAUUUCCAAAAUGCUUGACUCUGAUGCCUCAUCCAAGAAAGAAGUGGAUCCAUCGUUUGACAGAAGCUUUGAUUUGUGGCUUGCUCUGCGAAUUGUAGAAGAUGCGCUUGCGCUCAAAUUCGAGUGGAAGGGGUCAGAACAUGGAUCAAAUCUCUUUAAAACGCUGCGCGUUGAUCCGAAUGCCGUCGGACGAGGAUCAUUGCCACCCCUUUCAACGACAACUGUACUGGAGCCUAUACCGUUUACUGCUAAUGGGACCACGCGCCGAUCCGUUAUAAUCUCACGUGAAGAAGGUGCGUACGGUGCAAAAAUUGUAGCUUCUGACGUUUCUUCCAACGCUUUGCCUACCAUGAACUGCACGGCGGCCAAUGCUGAGUCGCCGUCCAUUCCACAAGCAGACUUUGAUUGGGAUGCAUCGGAUUUGAAGAAUCCUACGAAAGCUGCCAAUCGCUCUUCUGCACUACUCGAUGUGGAUUUUCUUUCGGCAAACAGUGGAGGCGGCAGCUCCUCAACAAUUUCCACACUGCAAAAGGAAUUAGAUCAGCUUGGUCUGUCAGCCACAGAACCUCCUACUUUACGAAAGCCUGCUAGUCAACCAACAAUGUUGGAUAUGCUGAUGGCAUCGGCCACAAAUACUUCUAAACGAAACAAUCGGCAACCGUCAGAAUUGUCACUGGACGCUCGUGCCCUCCACGAUCAAUUACCGGAUCUCGAAUUCUUGCGAGCCAAUAUGAUUAUAACAAUGUUGGAUAUGCUGAUGGCAUCGGCCACAAAUACUUCUAAACGAAACAAUCGGCAACCGUCAGAAUUGUCACUGGACGCUCGUGCCCUCCACGAUCAAUUACCGGAUCUCGAAUUCUUGCGAGCCAAUAUGAUUAUGUUUCCUUUGGGUGGAAGUCGGUCCGAUGAGUCUUGA